UGCGCUGGGCGCGGCUCGGCCCCGUCCCGGGGAAGCGGCGGAGGCGCAACAGGUCCGCAACAGGAGCCGAGCCCAGCCCGGCCGUGCCCAUGGCCGGCCGCGGGCCCGAGCAGGGCUACAUCCGCACCGUGCUGGGCCAGCAGAUCCUGGGCGAGCUGGACAGCUCCAGCCUGGCGCUGCCCUCCGACGAGCGGCUCAAGCUCUCGGGUGACCGCGCCGGGGAGGAGAAGGCGCUGCGGAUCCACCGGCAGGUCCAGCAGACGCUGGCCAGGAAGAGCCGGGGCUCGCUGUACAAUGGCAGCCUGCACCGUGCAUCCAGUGUCCCAGAGCGUGUCUACAACAUGGGGAUCACUGAGACUGAUUUUGCACCAAGAUCCCCCUACAGUUUCUCAUAUUACCAGGCAARCCAGGUCACCUCCCCAUCCUCUCACACCAAUGGCUGGGGGACGAGGUUUGCUUACAGGACCAUGGAAGAGAGAGCUCAAAGGCAACCUCUGAAGAGACUGGAGGUGUCCCCACAGCGAAACCCRGAGAGGUUGGCCUACAUCUCCAACGAUUUCCACUAUGAGGGCGGGAUUCCAGGCGGGUUCUCCGUGCGGCACGGGGGCAGYGUGCGAUCCAGCGGGACGGUGCCGCCGCGCUACGCGCGCUCCGAGAUCGUGGGCUACACCUUGCGCGACUCCGUGCACAGGGGCCGCUCCUUCAAGAGGCAGUCCCGCAUGGGGGCUGCCAAUGAUGUCCUGGAUGGUGCCUUCCCCAGCCCCGCUGUCCCUCUGUACCAUCAGGCUGGCGCCAGCCGCAGCAUGAGCAACCUUCUGGAGAAGGAGAACUAUCUGACCUCGGAGAGCGCCGUGGGCCAAGUGCGGUACCCGACCGCGUCCCGUCUGKCUCAGAACAGGCAGUCUGUGAGGUCCAGCUUCUACCAAAGCACCUUCAGGAACACCCAGAGCAGGAGGGAGCUUUCCCAGCCAGCUUCCAURGGCAGUGUCACUGCGGAGACGGACGGCAAGAGGGUGCCGGUGACRGCCGCGGUGGCCGCGGCGGGGAGGAACGGGUUCCUGCAGAGUGAGCAAGUGACUCUCAAUGGAUCUCAGCUCGGGAGCCCAGAAGUGGAGAUGACACUGGAACGUGCAGUGAACAUCCUGAAGAGUGAAAACACACAGUCCACACCCAGGAUUCUUGCUGCAGUGACUUUCAUACAGCAUGAGAGCUUCCAAAAAGCAGAGGCCAGAAGAAAAGUUUUCUCACUCGGUGGUAUCCCCAAACUKCUGCAGCUCCUGGAGGUUCAGAACGAGGACAUUCAGCGGGCAGCGUGUGGAGCUCUGAGAAAUUUGGUGUUCGAGGACAAUGACAACAAACUGGAGGUGUCAGAGCAGAAGGGAAUCCCGCUGCUGCUGCGCCUGCUCCGGCACACCCGGGAUAUAGAGACCAAGAAGCAAAUCACAGGUUUGCUGUGGAAUCUGUCCUCCAAUGACCAGCUGAAGCACCUGCUGGUCAGAGAAGCCCUGCAGACACUGACUGAGGCUGUUCUCAUCCCCUGCUCGGGCUGGCCAGACAGAGAUUACCCCAAGUCAAGUGUUCUGCCUGACCCUGACAUCUUCUACAAUGCCACAGGAUGCCUGAGAAACAUGAGCUCCGCUGGCCCAGAAGGAAGGAAAAAGAUGAGAGAAUGUGAAGGUUUGAUUGAUUCUCUUGUGUAUUAUAUCCAAGGAGCUAUUGCAGACCAUGAGCCUAAUGACAAGGCCACGGAGAACUGCGUGUGCAUUCUUCACAACCUCUCCUACCAGCUAGAGUUAGAGCUCCCUGAGAGCUAUGCCCAGAGCAUAUAUAUGCAAAGAAGAAAURUUUCUAGCAAUGAUAAAACACCGGGCUGUUUCGGGACACGGAGCAGAAAAGUAAAAGAGAAGCAACAGGACACCCCRCUACCUGAGGAAAAGAGCAAUCCCAAAGGUGUUGAAUCACUCUGGCAUUCUACACUGAUCAGGAUAUAUCUGUCCUUAAUAGCAAAGAGUACCAGGAACUACACCCAGGAAGCAUCCCUGGGAGCUCUGCAGAACCUCACAGCUGGCACUGGACCAAUGCCGCUGGCAGUGGCCAGGACAGUGGUCCAGAAGGCAAAUGGCCUCCCGAGCAUCCGAGCCAUGCUGCACGUCAGCCACCCCGCCGUGAAGAAAACAGCCGUGUCCCUGCUCAGGAACCUGUCCCGAAACACCUCCCUGCAAAGUGACAUAGCCAGAGAAGUUCUGCCUGAUUUGGUGUCGGUCCUGCCCGAGUCAGUGCCGGGGUCUGACAUCGCCUGCGAAACGGCGGCGUCCGCCUGCUACACCCUGUUCAACCUGACCCAGGGCAGCUCGCACAGCGCCCGCCUGCUGCUCAGCACCCACGGGCUGCCCAAGGUCAUUGCCAUCAGCAUCAACGACAGCAAUAUGUUCAGCAAAGCCAGCAGGGCUGCUUCAGUCCUGCUCUACUCGCUGUGGUCACACACUGACCUGCACAGCGCUUACAAAAAGGCUGACUUUAAGAAGGCGGAUUUCAUCAACAGCCGGACCACCAAAGCCUACAACUCGCUGAGAGAUUGAAUCAGAGCACAGCAGCACUGCAGAGAUCACCCAGCAUUUAAUGUGACCAUCCUCACACCG